AUGCGUGUCGACGUUGUGUUCACCCUUACUUCCCUAUUGGGCAUGACGCAUGCUUUGCGCCGUAGCUGCAGGCACAACCCCCAAAACUGGGGUGAAGGGUGGUACUAUACCACCAGCGGAGACACACUGAACAUUGUUGCGUCAGACUUCUGCGUCAGUCCUAAUGUCGUUGCACAAUGGAGUGGUAGGCGCGACGAUUCCAACGCCCGUCUUCCGCCAGGUAUCAACUUGAGGCUUCCUUGCCGCCCCCGCCCGCGCGACUGCCGCAGAAACAGUCCAAAUGGUGACGGCGCCUAUGUCAUUGUCUCGGGCGAUACCUUGAAUUCCAUUGCUGGCGACUUUUGCACUACAGCAGACGCGUUGGCGAUCAAGAACUCGCAUUUGAUCAGAAACAAAGACAGCAUUAGAACUGGCUGGGUUAUUCAAGUUCCCUGCAGUUUCAAUCAGUAG